CUUAUCAAAUAUCUUGAAAAAGGUUCAGGAAGUUCAGUUGGAUAUUACCUGGCUAUCUCCUUGGGCCUCACAUCUAUCUUUAAGUCUUUUCUUGAUACACAAUACACAUGUAGACUUUCAAAGCUUAAACUGAAGCUCAGAUCUAGUAUAAUGAGUGUCAUCUACAGGAAGUGUUUGUGGGUGAACACAGCGAGCCGGUUAGGAUUUUCUGAGGGAGAGAUUCAAACAUUUAUGUCUGUAGAUGCUGACCGCAUUGUAAACUUGUGUAACAGUUUACAUGAUAUGUGGAGCCUGCCUUUGCAAAUUGGGAUAGCUUUGUAUCUUUUGUAUACUCAAGUCAAGUUUGCUUUUCUGUCUGGACUUGCAAUCACCAUCUUACUGAUACCAGUGAAUAAAUGGAUAUCUGUGUUGAUUGCGUCUGCAACUGAGAAAAUGAUGAAACUAAAAGAUGAGAGGAUUAGAAAGACAGGAGAGCUUCUAACAAACAUCCGGACACUGAAAAUGUAUGGAUGGGAUAACUGGUUUGCUGAUUGGUUAAAGGAGACAAGAGCCACCGAAGUUACUCACUUAGCGACAAGGAAGUAUUUGGAUGCUUGGUGUGUUUUCUUUUGGGCAACGACACCAACUCUGUUUUCUCUUUGCACGUUUGGUCUCUUUGCACUGAUGGGUCAUCAACUUGAUGCAGCAACGGUUUUUACUUGUCUUGCUCUGUUUAAUAGUUUAAUCUCUCCAUUAAACUCGUUUCCAUGGGUCAUCAAUGGCCUGAUUGAUGCCUUUAUAUCAACCAGGCGUGUCAGCAAGUUUCUGCGUUGUGUGGAGCACAAUAAAGAUUCAUCUACAGAUUCUGGCUUGAUCCCUGAAGACUUAUCUGUGUUUGUAGAAGAUGCAUCUUGUGUUUGGUCAAGUAACGUUGAUGAGGAACAUAGCUUGACAAUAAAACAUUUAAGCCUAAAAGUGCCAAAGGGAUCAUUUGUUGCAGUUAUCGGUGAGGUUGGUUCAGGUAAAACAUCAUUGUUGAAUUCACUAUUAGGCGAAAUGCAGUGUGUUCAUGGAUCAAUACUACUAAAUGGAUCUGUUGCAUACGUUCCGCAGGUCCCAUGGAUAUUAUCUGGAACUGUACGUGAAAACAUAUUAUUUGAGAAGACUUUUGACUCCAAAAGGUAUCUGGACACACUUAGUGCUUGCGCACUAGAUGUGGAUAUUUCACUUAUGGUCGGAGGUGACAUGGCAUUUAUAGGCGAUAAAGGAUUAAACUUAUCUGGAGGACAGAGAGCUCGGCUUGCUUUGGCCAGAGCUGUUUAUCAUGGUUCAGACUUGUAUCUGCUUGAUGAUGUACUAAGUGCAGUUGAUUCACAAGUAGGCUGUUGUAUCUUGCAAAAAGCACUUUUGGGUCCUCUGUUGAACAAAAAGACUCGCAUUAUGUGCACUCACAGCGUUCAGGCGAUAUAUUGUGCAGAUAUGGUUGUUGUGAUGGACAAAGGAGAAGUGAAAUGGUUUGGAACUGUUACCGACAUGCCUAAAGCCAUCUUCCCAUCUUUGUCUUCAUCCAAUGAGUUUGAUAUGUCAUCCUCAAAGCACUUGACUAACAAAAGAAAAGAAUCUUUUUCUAUCAAGAAAGAUGAUGUAGAUGAAGUUAGUAGCGAAGCUGCAGAUACUGUCAAAGUGGAAGAGAGAAAAGAAGGCCGAGUUGAAGUAGCGGUUUAUAGGAGCUAUGCUGUGUUCUCUGGUUGGUUCGUUACGAUUGUGAUAUUGGUUUCAGCGGUUCUGAUGCAAGCUUCCCGUAAUGGGAAUGAUUUGUGGUUGUCAUAUUGGGUUGAUAAGACUGGAAGAGGAGUCACACAUCACUCAACCUCGUUUUAUCUGAUGGUUCUCUGUAUCUUUUGCAUCAUUAACUCAAUACUAACAUUGGUGAGAGCAUUCUCGUUUGCAUAUGGAGGACUAAAAGCAGCAGUACGUGUUCAUAGUGCAUUAAUCUGUAAGCUUAUAAAUGCACCUACACAGUUCUUUGAUCAGACACCAAGUGGAAGGAUACUCAACAGGUUCUCCUCUGAUCUAUAUACAAUCGAUGACUCUCUCCCGUUCAUCCUCAACAUUCUUCUAGCAAAUUUUGUUGGCUUGUUAGGGAUUGUUCUAGUGUUGUCUUAUGUUCAGGUUCUGUUCCUGCUUCUGCUUCUGCCAUUUUGGUAUAUAUACAGCAAGCUUCAGGUCUUCUACAGGUCAACAUCAAGGGAGCUACGAAGGUUGGACAGUGUUUCAAGAUCACCAAUCUAUGCAUCUUUCACCGAGACACUUGAUGGAUCCUCAACUAUAAGGGCUUUUAACUCAGAGGAGCAUUUCGUAGCUAGAUUUAUUGAGCACUUGACAUUAUACCAGCGGACUUCUUACUCAGAGAUCAUUGCAAGCUUGUGGCUCUCCUUGCGUCUUCAGCUCUUAGGAGCAAUGAUUGUUUUAUUUGUGGCUGUAAUGGCUGUUAUCGGCUCCCAGGGAAGCUUUCCAAUCAGCUUUGGUACACCUGGACUGGUGGGAUUGGCACUCUCCUAUGCAGCUCCACUUGUUUCUCUGUUAGGAAGUUUCUUAACAAGUUUUACUGAAACAGAAAAGGAAAUGGUUUCUGUUGAAAGGGUUCUCCAGUACAUGGAUGUGCCACAAGAAGAAGUUUCCGGUCAGCAAUCUUUGAACGGUAAGUGGCCAGUUCAAGGAUUGGUUGAGUUUCAUAAUGUGACAAUGAGGUACAACUCAACUCUGCCUCCUGCACUCAACCACAUUUCUUUUAGAAUCCAAGGAGGCAUGCAGGUGGGAGUUAUUGGAAGAACUGGUGCUGGAAAAUCUUCCAUAUUGAAUGCACUUCUCCGGCUUAACCCUGUUUGUAGUGGGGAGAUAAUGGUUGAUGGAGUUAACAUAAACCAUCUUCCAGUAAGAGAGCUUCGUACUCGCCUCGCUGUUGUUCCUCAAAGCCCUUUUCUGUUUCAAGGAUCAUUGAGGGAGAACCUUGAUCCUCUUGGGAUGAGUGAGGACUGGAGAAUCUGGGAGGUUUUAGAGAAGUGUAAAGUUAAAGCAGAGGUAGAGAGUGCAGGAGGGUUAGAAUCCAAUGUGAAGGAUUCUUUCUCUGUUGGGCAGAGACAGCUUCUCUGCCUUGCACGUGCUCUGCUCAAGUCAUCUAAGAUCCUAUGUCUUGACGAAUGCACCGCCAACAUCGAUGUUUACACAGCUUCCCUACUGCACAACGCCAUCUCCAGUGAGUGCAAAGGCGUAACCGUCAUUACCAUUGCUCACCGCAUCUCGACGGUUCUUGAUUUGGACAGUAUCCUAGUUCUUGAUCGCGGAAGCCUUGUUGAACAAGGAAACCCACAACUUCUUCUGCAAGAUGACUCCUCAGCUUUCUCAAGCUUUGUUAGAGCUUCAAAGUGAACUUGAUUGUUAGUUGGAAUCUGAUUAGUUGUAACUCCUCACCUUGGCUACAAAACGCCUUAUGCUCUUUGGUUUAAUGACUUUAAUAGAAAGAAAAUGAUUCAGAACUUGUUUCAACUUUUCA